UGAGACCGGCAAAUACAGGGAGAGUACGUCCAGAAGAGUUGUCGUACUUUAAACAUAGGGGCGCUGUGAUGCACUAAAUCAGUUUUUCAGCAAGUAAGAGUACUCUUGACGGAAAAGAAAGCAAUGUAAAUUUUUAUUUUCCAAGAUCUAAAUUUUUAAGUGCCACAAAGGCCAGAAUAUCAAAUGGAUGGUAACAGUAUGGUAAACAUGUCAAGUAUGGCCAAUAGUUUGGCAUCUAGUCUUGCAAACUCUAACAGCAUGGUUGCUGGCUUCUCCAACAUGAGUGUGGCAUCUGCUUUCGGAAAUCCUAAUAUGGGAACCAGUAAUAUGGCCUCAGGAUUUGGAUCACAAAAAUAUGCUGUGGACCAAAUGUCUUGGAACUCACAAAAGUACAUGGGUGAUGUUUCAUGGAACACACAGUUUGGGUUGGGAAGAAAGCCUGCAUCAGAAUUGUCGCCUGGGUCACGGAAAACUAUGACAGGUCCAUUAAGUUCAAGCCAACAACAACAACAGUUACCUACACAAGGACAACAGGCAUUUAAUAUACAACUCCCUAAACAGAGAAAGUCGGGAGGAUUUUUCGGUGAAGAGGAAGACAAUGAAACUAGCAUGUUUUUUCCUGGAUCUUCUAAUAUAUUUAGACCUGAAAAAGAUAUGAUGAGCCAGUCCCAGUCACCGUCCAACCCUUACAGCUUUGGAUCUAAUUUCAACACUUCACAAGGUAUAAAUAUUCAAGAUAGAAAAUGCUUGUAUUACAUUGGAAACAUAAUGAAAGAUAAAUAUAUUCUAUAUUACAGAGGUGUAAUAUCUGCAAUAGGACAACAUCGAGCCCCAAUUUCGGCCUUACAGAAGAGACCAAUAGGGUCAGGACUUCCAAGUAGUUCAGCUGCACCAAUAUCAAACUUGGCGUCAUCGUUUGGGUUUUCACGAGCAGAUAUGAACCAACCAAACUUUGAUCUGUCCGACUUUCCAUCGCUAGGCAACAAAAUUAAUGCUUCAAACUCUAUGUCCUCUGCAAGAAAUUAUGCGGGAUUUUCUCAUGUUGCAGUUGGUAUGGUAAAAAACCCAGUACAGGACCAGACUCCGGAGUUUCAGAUACAACAAGAAGAUUUCCCAGCAUUACCUGGUGCUCAAAGUACAUUAUCAAUGUUUGUCUCUGAUCCUCAAAAUGCAGGUAACACAGACCCGUCAAAGAAACAGCCUACCAACUUAAUAACAGGAUCCUCAUAUGAACAAGCUUUAAACAAAGAUAGCAAGUUUCCUGGAGAUAAAGCUAGCUCAUCAGCGCAACGGAAAGGCAUACAAGUGCAUAAUGAUGGUCGUGUAACGAAUAUCCCACAAGGAAUGGUGCCUGAUCAGUUUGGUAUUGUUGGUUUGUUGACGUUUAUAAAAUCAGCAGAGACAGACCCCAGUCUUGUUGCCCUGGCACCUGGCAUGGAUCUCACCACACUUGGACUGAAUCUCAACUCACCUGAUAACUUGUAUAGUACUUUCCAGUCACCUUGGGUAGACCUACCAUGUAGGCCGCAAGAUAUUGAUUUCCAUGUCCCAGCAGAGUAUUUAACAAAUAUAUAUGUACGAGAUAAGCUUGCACCAAUCAAAUUGAAUCGUUAUGGAGAAGAUUUAUUAUUUUUCUUGUUUUAUAUGAAUGGUAGUGAUGUAUUACAACUGGCAGCAGCCGCUGAACUAUACAAUCGAGACUGGCGAUAUCAUAAAGAAGAGCGGGUGUGGAUCACCAGAGCUCCCGGUGUAGAACCACUUGUCAAAACUAACGCAUAUGAGCGAGGAACUUACUAUUUCUUUGAUGCGCAGAAUUGGCGAAAAGUUGCAAAAGAAUUUCAUCUUGAAUAUGAUAAAUUAGAAGAACGUCCAUCACUGCCGCCAACAUUACAUCAUAAUCCCAAUCAGCCAAUUGCAGCUCACUAGCACAUGGCAAUAAGUCUGUUUUUUAAAUUGAAUGUGCAAUCAGGGUGAUUUAAGUGCUUAUUAACAGUCCGGGUUGUUCAGAUAGAUUAGAAGCAUUCAUUUGUGUGACAUAAAUGUUAAAACAUAAAGGUUAGAUUACAUAGAUCCUAUUUAAACAAAUUUACAUUCCAGGAUAUGUAACAAAGGGGAAAUAUUGAGUAUUACUUAAAAUAUUCAUAUGCAUACAUUCUGAUUAUAAAUUUGAGGAGCAAGUCAUUAUUAAAGAUAAGGUACUUAGUACUGUAUUCUAAUGAUUUUUAUCUUAACUGGAAUAAAUAUAUUUAUUGUUAGGUAUCUAUAUAUAAGAGUUUAGUCUAAAAGUUAAAUCUAUAUCUGAUUAAAGAAAGGGUUGUAACUAACUGUCAGUAUGUCGUAACUAAAACAGUAUUAUAUUUUACCUUUGAUAAAAAUAAGACAAAUAACUGUCAGAAACUUUAAAUUUUAUGUUUCCUGAUACUGUAAGUUAUUUUUAAAUAUAAAUGUAUAAUAAUAAUGCCCUUAGGGACCUGUGAUGGACAACUUCCUUGUUGUACAUGCACAAUUUACCCUAUCUGGACACUUGAUUCCCCUGUAGCUAUGUGAGAGUUAACUUCUCUUCAAUACAUCAAGUUAUCUCACCUGUUAAAGUGAAAUCACCCAUUGAGAGCUAUCAUUAUUAUGCUGGUUUUUACCUGUCCAAAAACCAUGAGAAAUAAAUAACAUAGAAGUGUGCUGAAGGCAACAUUGUCUGAUUAAAGAACAAAUAUCAAACAAGUGCUAAAAUUUUCUAUUUUGUUCAAAAUUUUAUUUGGUCCCAUUAUAUUUUUUUUUUGAUUAUAUCCAUUGUUUUAUAAAUUCAAUAUUUAAUGUCUAUGGUAUUCCUUUAGUUGAGAUUCAAUGGCAAUAGAUAGGAAACAAAUAUUUGGAAUGGUCAUUAAUUUUCAAUAUCAUUGAAAAAAAAAUGUAAAACUGAAAUUUUGAAUUUGAAUCUGUUACUGUGUCAUGAUGCUAUAUUUGUUUCAUGGUCUUACCAUUCUUUGACUUUAGAACAGUCAAUUAAAGAUUUGAAAAAUUUUAAUAACAGAAUAGCCAACAGUAUAGAGGCUGAUCCGGCUGGUCAUUAUUGUUGGUAUAAGUUAAUAUCGUCACCACAGAUUCAUAUUUAUACAUGCUGGUUUUAAAUGUUAUUUAGGAGAAAUAUUUUUAAUUUCUGUUGGUUAAUUAUCUAUUUUAUUAACACCUUAAACUUUAUAUGUGAAAAAAUGGUAAAACAUCAUUUCAUGCAUAUGAAUAAGUAUUUAGUUGUUUGUAUUCAGUUAUUUUCUGUAAGGCAUUAUAUUUCUGUUGAUGAUUAUUUUUACCUUGAUGUGAAUAUACAUUAUAUAUUAGGACAAAUGAUGAUGCAGGUAGUUUUUUUGUGUUAUUUAUUUGUUAUGGUUUGGCUUUAUAAGACUGGCAUUUAUCAUGUAUAUAAAAGAUUAAACAUGUCAACAAACAUU